AGUUAAGCCGCGACGCUUCCUGUAGGAGCACACGGUGCGCGUCUGUCGCUGAUCUAAAGCAUUGCGUCACGAACUUCGCGAAGCUCUUUCCGCCGGCCAACUUAGACAAGUAAAGUUCGUUGAAGAAUGGCUCAAUGUCACCGCCGGUGUAUGGGUGAUCGCAGUCAGUGAGUUUGUCUUGCUAAACAGCUUAAUCACGUGGGGACCUGAUCCUUCCUCUGCAAACUCCACAAGCGACAGAUUCUUGUGUCCUUUCUGAUUUAUGAACUGAAGAUGUGACCAAGUAUUUCGAAUCACAAGUGUAGCACUAGUGACUAUUCUGCGUGGUUGGAACAAUAAGGAGAUUCAUGUACAUAGAAGCAGACCAAAAACAGUGAACAAUGGAGGCAGGUGUCAUAACAUUUAUAAACGUGUGUGCCUUCAUUUUUUUGACAGGACAACCAGUGACCGGACUGAAGGACGUGCGGGUGACAGUUCCUAUAGCGGUAACGAGGGGCGACAACGCUCGACUGCGCUGCCAUUUCGAUUUGGAGGGCGACCAGCUGUAUUCUGUCAAAUGGUACUUUGGACCCAGAGAGUUCUACCGGUACACUCCCAGAGAAAAGCCCGCCAUCAAAAUGUUCCCAGUUAUGAUGAACAAGGGAUAUCCUUCUCUUGACAUUGACACAUUCUCUUCGAACGAAACACAGGUGAUGCUGAAGAACGUCUCGACGCCAUUCUCAGGUCGUUACAGUUGCGAAGUAUCGGCUGAUGCCCCUUCAUUCCACACGGCUUUGGUCUCCGGUGAAAUGACUGUUGUCGUGGUGCCGCAAAGUAGGCCGGUGCUAAUGGGAGUGAAGCCGCGCUACCGGAUCGGUGACACUCUGCGCGCCAACUGUACGUCACCCGGGUCGCGGCCGGCCGCCAACCUCACCUGGGUGCUCAAUGACCAAUCUGUGGACACCCGUUUCGUGCGACAGUACAGAGGCAUGCAGCCACAGGCAGAUCUGGAGACAUCGUCGACCACUCUGGAGCUGCCUCUCAUGAACCAGCACUUCACGAAGAAGGGCCGCCUGAAGGUGCGCUGUGCGGCCAGCAUCCACAACAUCUACUGGCAGACGACCGAGAAGAGCGCGGAGGAGGAGCGACCACGCGGCCUCGUCAACGACGUCGUACAGCAUGUCCAGUACAGGCCCGACGACCUUGAGAGUGUCUACGACGAUCGCGAUGUGGCUGGCGACGAUGUCGAUCCUACUUCUUCCUCAUCGGAAUGGCCACCCUGCUUGGCAUCUCCAGACGUCCGUUCAUCACCGAUUAACGCUCACCCAAAUCGCCCCAGCAAUCCCAAUUGUUCGGGCAGGACACAAACAUUAACUUCUAAAAUUCUCUGACAAAAAAUAUUCGAAAAACGCCAGCGCUCCAGAUUUUAACAAUCUCGCAAUGCAAUGACGCAGUGUACUAGAGCAACAAGCAACAAGACUUUUGAACGCGUAUCUCAUCGUCGUGUUGUGUUUCGCAGCGCAUAUGCUUCCCAGCGCCGCGCCGCCUCUCUGUAUAUAUAUUUAUGAUGUUGUGCUGAUACAUUACAUUGUAAUAAAUAAAAGUGUAAGCUGUUCACCAAACAACUCGUGCCAGUAGUGUCAUAUUUGUGGUAAGCGCUCUGUUCCCUACGGCCGAGCAGCUUUGUUCAAUUUAUUUCUGUUCUGACCCACGGGAAGCCAAUGCUCGAGGCUACAACUACGAAGCCGCAUUAGACUGACGUGCUUUACUGGUACAGUAACCAAACACGUCCAGUAUUCCCUCACAUCUGUUCUCAACCACGGCUACUGAAGACUAGUCACACUAUUUUCUAUUGUUUCAUUGGUUUCUUGAUGGGUGAGAUUUUUUAUUUAGACAUGAUGAACGCAACACUGAAGAGAAGAUGUAUGACGAAGAUGUGUUUGUAUUAGCUGUACACUUUAACUAUCAAUUGUAAGAAUGCAUCUCUCCUACAGUUUUAAUUGAAUGACCUUUCAUUUACCGCUAAAGCUAACUUUCGUUGAAUACCCAUAAAUAUGAAGUUGUGGCAAUUUGGAUAAAGAUAUUCAAUUUUGAUUGUAAUAUUAAUUACAAAAUCCUUAUCCUCUCACCAUCAUUUGAUUUUCAAAUUCAUGAAUUCAAUCAAGUGAUGAAUUUAAAACGUUUAAAAUAUUUUUUCUUUUAAUUUGAUUCCACUAAGUUUACUUUAUGUUCACGAUUGUUUGGUGAAAAAUGUGAAAUUGUUGAAACUGAGUGUGUAAAAAUUUAUCUGGACUAUAAUAUUGAUCCUAUAUUCAAGAUUUCAUAAAUAUAAUAUCGAAAUUUCCUCAUGAUUGACUGAACAAAGACAAACUAAGCUUUUGACAGGAUUCAAAAGUGAUAUUUUAAGAAGAUUGCUGCUUGUGAUCACCUAAGAAUGAGAAAAAAUGGUUUGUCAGGACCAGUGGUGCUUGGACUUUUUUUAUAAUCUAAGAUAUUUUAUUUUUCCAACUUCCUGAUUGAGUGAGAGUCGAUGCUUGUCUUAUGUACAUUCCAAUAGAACUCUUAUUUACUAGGAUUUGUAAAUAGAUAAGCUGUAAAAUGUCUUUUGUAUAAAUCAAAUCUUCUUUGUAACUAUUAUCUCAACUAUUCAAGUCAUGUCAACGAAAUGUAAAGUUAAUACCUAAAAAACUCAAUAUGGAAAAUCUCUGUAAUAAAUUCAUGAAAUUAGUGAAAUAUUCACCAAUAAUUCGGGGUUUCUGCUUUCUGAGAAUUAUUUUUAUCGAAAAAUGGAAGAUUCUUCAUAGGUCCAAUAUCAAUAAUAGAAUAGGAGGUAAGUAGAUCCUGUCUUUGAUUAACAGGAAAUCUGUUAUUGAUGGGAAUCUAUUAUUCUCAUUAAAAAUAGCCCAAAACUAUCAAUUUUGGAUAAUUCCGUAUCAAUUCAUGAACAUGAACAACAUGAGAAUUUCAAGUGAAUAUACUCUAUGAAGAUUGAAGAAAAUUAAGAUGACUCUUUGUCAAAAACCAUAAUGCCCUUGGAAGAUAUUUUGUUUCAUGUAAAUAUUGGAGAAUAUACUUCACUGACAUUGAAAUAUUCAUAUGUCAAAAAAUUCUUGUGUCAAUAUAUAUACUCAUUUCUAGAAAAUUAUAACAGUAUUUGAAAUAAAUGAAUGAUGAGGCUUGCCAUUAUAUUCAAAUUUUAGUUCCGUUCUCUCUGGAAGUGCACUUCAAACUCAAUUGCACACUUUAACAUUUAAAAACGAAACCAACUGCAAUCAUUAGCCAUUUAGGUGAGAUUCUCGAGUAAUUUUAUGGAAAAAUUAUAUGAAUUUUCAAUUUUAUAUAAUUACAUGAGUUUUGAAAAUUGCAGGAUUCUAUAUCCAAAAUUUUUGAUAAGUUUUUAUAAGGCCUCUUUCACACGAUAGGAGACGUGCAACUUGAACACUGAACAGUGUUCACGUUUUUUUGUCGAAGUACAUUGAGUCAAAUCGUGUCUUUCACAUGGUGACUCCUAUCCAGGAACCUCGUUUU